UUUGGAAGUAAACCCUUUGUGCCGAUGGGAGUCUAACUCUUGGAUCUCUAUCAAAGAGAUGGGUAGUAGCAGGAUGGCGAUUCGGGUGGCUUGUGACUAGUGAUCCAUCAGGCACAUUCAGAAAACGCAAGGUUCUGUAAAUUUCUUCAAUGGCGGCCUCCAACUCUCAUUCUAAUGAAACUGGAGCUAUUGGAAAUGGAUGUGAAACUGACUUGAAGGUUCAUGUUUUCUCAUCAUCAUUGGAGUUGCACGAAAAACUUCAUGAGAAAUGGAGUUUGAAGAAGAAACCAUAUCCCGCAAUGUAUUCCAGCAUUUUUGGUGGAAUUAUUACAGAUCCAGCUAUGAUGAUGAUUCCGAUCGAUGAUCACAUGGUUCAUCGAGGCCACGGCGUGUUCGAUACAGCCAUCAUUUUAAAUGGACAUUUGUAUGAGUUGGAUGCCCACAUCGACCGCUUUCUAAGAUCGGCUGCAAAAGCGAAAAUCUCGUCUCCGUUCCCCCGGUCGGUUCUUCGGCACAUUCUUAUCCAAUUGACAGCAGUAUCAGAGCUCAAGAAAGGCACCUUAAGGUACUGGUUAAGUGCAGGACCUGGAGAUUUCCUGCUCACGCCCUCUGGACAUGGCAAUUCUGCAUUCUAUGCAGUAGCCAUAGACGACGACUUCUCUCAAUGUAAAGAAGGGGUUAAAGCCAUAACAUCGACCGUGCCGAUAAAGACGCCGCAGUUUGCGACGAUGAAGAGUGUGAACUACCUACCAAAUGUGCUAACCAAAAUGGAAGCUGAAGAGAAAGGAGCAUUUGCUUCCAUUUGGGUUGAUGAAGAAGGAUAUGUUGCAGAAGGUCCAAAUGUGAAUGUUGCAUUUAUAACCAAGGAAAAGGAGCUUAUCUUGCCUUGCUUCGAUAAGGUUCUCUCAGGCUGCACCGCACUCCGACUUCUAGCUCUAGCUCCGAAGUUGGUCGAGGACGGGAAGCUGAAGAGCGUCGGAACUGCGAACCUUACGGUUGAGGAAGCCAAAGACGCUGCUGAAAUGAUGUUUGUAGGAAGCACACUUCCUGUACUGCCAAUCAUCUCAUGGGAUGAUGAACCGAUUGGAGAUGGACGCGUCGGGGAAUUGACGAUGGCGCUUUCGGAUCUUCUUUGGGACGAUAUGGUUUCGGGUUCUGAAAUAGAGAGAAUACCAGUUCCAUACACUUAAGGAUGUCAAAGGCUGCUGCUGCUCAAGGAAUGGUAUCAGCUGAAAAUGAACAGCCACCUGAUUCUUACUGUCAUUGUUGUCUCUCUUUUUUCGCCAUCACUGCUUUCUCUGAACACGAAUAAAAGGAAAAUAUCUAUUCAAUCCGUUCGAAUAACGAUUUUUUUCGAUGUUA